AUGAGUUCAAGCAUCUUUCAUCCUCCAAAUGCACACCUUCUCAGCGACGGGAUUAUUGGGAGUGUGAGUGCACGUACCAAGUCAUAUCGUAGCGCCUUCGACACCCGACAACGCGUCGGUGAACGAGCUAUGUUCACCGCUUCUAAACCGCCUCAGGCUCCAGUUGCACAGCCUUUUCCCGAACCGACAGUUGGAACUGCACCUAGUGGAAAACUAUCACCAGAUAUCGGCCUCACCCCAUCGACUGAACGCAAGCGGAAGAUUCAACAGCUCAGUGAGCAGCCAAAGAUCCACUCGUUUACCGCUGGAUCAAACCCGUCAAGUCCUCAAGGAGAAGCACCCGUGACAUGCAUCCAACGAUUCAAACAGAGCAGUACAGUCGAGAAAAUUCAACGAGAACUUCGACGCAGGAAGCAGGCUCGAUACAGGAAGAAACAGUCGGACCACAUGAUGAACCUGGAGAAGGAGAACGAGCAACUGCAGCAGGAGGUUGAGAGACUCAAGCGCCGUCGUUUCUCGACGACAAUGGCUUUUCCUCCACGGGAAAAUUUGUGGAGUGCAGCUCUCGAGUACUUCCGUCUCUUUCGACAUGGCUUACAAGAACCGAAAAUGAUGUCCCUGCUGUCUGAAGAGGAUAAAAUACAGUCGCGAGUCCAGAUGGCAUUCUUCCAAUCCACGAUGGCUCCCGACGUCGUAUUCAACGCUGACCAAGGCAUCGACAAGAUGAUUCAGUACUGGAAUUUUCUCUCAUACGCUUUCAAGGACAUGGAGAUCGAACUCAAGCGCAUGAUGCAGGAGAAUGAAGACUCGUUGGUCGCUACGUCAGUUACCAGCGUCACCAUCAGUGAGCAAACACUCCUUGCAGUCUUCCCUCAUCUGUCCAAUGAAGAUACUCCGGAACUUGAUGAAACGAAAGUUUUACUCCGUCAAGCUCUCGUUAACCAACGCAUCACCAUGCUCGGCUCAAUUCGCUUUGAGUGGGACGCGAUAAAUGGACAAGUGACCAGUGUGUCGAUAGAGUCGGAUAUGUUGACUCCAAUGCUUCAUCUUCUGGGAAACUUGGAAGAUGUGUCUCGAGUGUUUGCGGACGCUCUUCUUUCCCUUGAUUUCCAGUGGAGACCUAAAGCAAACAAUCUCUCGGGAAACAACCAGUAA